ACUAUGCUAAAUGUAACUUCCUCUCCUCUGUCGUAUUUCAUUCUUGGAGGUUACGUGGAUGUUGGAAGUUUAAAACUCUCCUAUUUCUCACUAACUACAAUAUUAUACAUCAUGAUCAUUGCUGCCAACACGUCUCUGAUUGUGGUUAUCUGUGUGAACAGAAGCUUACAUGAACCUAUGUACAUGUUUCUGUGCAGCCUGUUUGUGAAUGAGCUGUAUGGUAGUACAGGGCUGUUUCCGUUCCUCCUGCUUCAGAUCCUCUCUGAUGUUCACACUGUUUCUGCUCCUCUGUGCUUCCUGCAGGUUUAUUGUUUGUACACAUACGCUGUCAUUGAAUUUUGUAUUUUAGCCGUCAUGUCUUAUGACAGAUACCUCGCUGUCUGCUGUCCUUUACAAUACAACGCCAUAAUGACGUAUUACAAAGUAUUUCUCUUUAUUAUUUCGGUAUGUUUGUUCUCAUUUAUUAACAUGUUGAUUGGCUUAUCUUUGACCCUCCGCCUGACGCUGUGUGGAAACACCAUCAACAGUUUGUAUUGCAGUAACUAUCUUAUUGUUAAGUUGGCAUGUUCAGGUACAAAAGUGAAUAACAUUUAUGGACUUUUUAACACCGCUGUCAGCAUCUUAGUCCCUCUGCUUCCAGUCCUUUACUCCUACAUUAAAAUACUCAUAAUCUGUUUUUCUGGAUCCAAACAGGCGAGACGUAAAGCCGUCAGCACCUGUGCACCGCACCUGGCCUCACUCUUAAGCUUCUAUUUUGGGUGUUUGUUUGAAAUACUUCAGAGCAGGUUUGAUAUGAACAGUGUACCCAGCACACUGCGAAUCUUCCUGUCUCUGUAUUUCCUCAUCAUUCAACCACUUUUCAAUCCGAUUAUGUAUGGGACACAAAUGUCCAAAAUAAGAAAAGCCUGUAAGCAUGUUUUCUGUAUUAAUGGGUUUACUGGUUAUAGAUAG